GUAGAUCCUGUCUGCGUAUGUAGCAGAUUGUUUAUCGUCGGAGUUGGAUUAGUUUCGGAUUGUGGUUUUUCCUGUCAACGUCGUCGGUACGGUUACCAUGGCCGUACUAGGGUUGUGGAUACUGCUGUCGUUGACGAUAAAGUGCAGCAUUGGAUACGUGAUUAAUCAACCACCAGCGGAGUUCUACAGCUACCAAGAGCAACCCUACGACUACCAAUGGCAACCGCUACCAUACGGGACCCUUGACUACCCGCCCACUUACUACAACACUUAUCACUACUAUUACCCCAGUACUUACAACUACCCAGAGUACUACAAACCUUAUCCCGAAACUCCCAUGCCAAUCUACUACGGCAGCUACUACUACAAUUACCCUAGUGCUUACGAAGUACCAGUAACCCAAAAACCGUAUUCUCCCAAAUCCGAUCCAAAACAGUGCCCAUCAUACGAUGAAGGCCAGAAGCUCCUACAAGUGUACCGUCUCAUUCGGGAGAUUGAACUAUGCCGUUCUCCUCCGAAAAAGUACAAGAAGAUGACCUCGCUGGACAAAUUGGUGCAAAAGUUGACCAAACAACCCCUAGAGCAUCUGCUAGUGGAAGUGGUGUGUCAUGUGAAAGGCUACGAAAAAGUUGCCGACCUGGAUCAUUGUUACCCGGAACAUCAUCAUUUAGUCAAUGACAACGCUCAACUGUUGGUGGCAAUCCAGAAGGCAUUGAAUGCACUGGAUUUAGAUGAUUACUAUCACGACCAUCAUGAUCGCGACCGUCACUAUCACCAUGGAUGCUGCGACCAUCACAAAGAGCUCUGCGUAGAGCUACGCUACCUCCGAAACCAAGCGAACGAAUUGACCGAAGCCCAGAUCAAGAAGGAGAUGGUCAAAGGAAUCAAGGCCACGGUGAAGCAAGCAUUCGAUACGGAUAUCCUCGAAGAUUUGGACGAAGCAUUGGAGAGCCGGCUGCUGGAUCUGGAGACGCUAGAUGUCGAUGUGCCACUGAUUGAAUCCCUCCCAGAACCUCCAGUAACCCCGCAGGCCAGAAAUCAGGAAUUUGACCAGGAAUUGUUGGAGCAGUUGUCUGAAUUGAUCGCUUUGGAGCAAUAUUUACAGCAGAAUGUCGCCUUCGAACCUCACCUGGAAAAGAGCCAAGACGAGUCAGUGUACCUCCCAAGCACUGCGUAUCCUUCGAUGUCCACCACUCGAAGGCCACCCACCACAACAACGGAGGAACCAAAGGCCUCGUGGAUAGGCUCUAGGCUAGGUUCUCUACUUGGGGAGACUCAUCUCCUGCCAGGGUACAAGACGAUCAACGUCGAUGAACCAGCUGUGCUGUUAGGGCAACCGGUAACAAUUGAGAAGGUCAAUGUUGAAAAAUCGAAUCAGGGCAGCACCGCUCCAGAAUCCGAAGCCGAGAAACCAAGCUCGGGAUUAGCUGCAACUCUUUCAGCUCCGUUGUGGCUGACGAAGAAUACGCAGCAGGAGAAGGUUGAAAACAAAGAGUCAGGGCCCAGUUUCUUGAACAAACUAGAAGAAAUGCUGCUCAAAACUCCGGAACACAGGCAAGAAACUGAAGAUGCAACUGAGGGAUUGGAGGAGGAAGCUCGAGAGGUUCCGUUUGAACUGGAGAGAUCAAUACUCCCGCAACAUGUUCUAACUAUUUCGAUUUCAGCUAACGGACCAACCAGAUUCGAUCUGCUCAAGGUGCAUGGACCAACUCCCGCAUUGGCUUUCAUCGACAAGGAAACACCCGUACUCCCCGGACAUACUUCGUCGGCUGAAUCUCGCAAUCAACAGUCGGCAAGACAGGUCGUCAAACAAGAAGUCAUCAAGGUUUUGAGCCUGCUGGAGGAAGCCUUCCCCGAGCUCGAAGGACACGUUUCCGAUCCGGACGUCGAUCAGCUGGUGGGUGGCUUGCGGGACGUUGAAGCAGGUAUCAAGUGGACCGAGAUGCUCAGUGCUGUGCAGAAGAUGAUCGCUAGGAAGAAGCUGAGCAGUGGAGAGCAGAUAUUGGAUGUACUGGAGCAUUGGAAGGAGGACGAGGAGGGACGGCUGAAUACUGGGUACUUUGACCGGACGUAUGGAGGGGUGACGACGACGAGUGCACAAGCGGUGCCAUGAUUUAGUGUACUAACUAUGAAAUAAUCAUGAACGGGUCAAGGGUGGGUCAUACAUGAGUUUUGUAUUGAUAUUUGAAGCAAAAUUUAUAGCAUAUAUGGACAGACCAGUUUGAUGUAGUAUAAGGUAGAAUAAGCAUCGGUAAAUAAAUCCAUUUUCAAUCAGAAACA